AUGUGGCUCUUCCGGGUUCUCUCGUCCGCUUUUUUCCUGUUCGUGACCGUUUCUUCUAUCCCCCUGGCCUUCGAUGUAGGUGGAAAGACAUGCGGUCUGGCCUUUUCUCUAUCUCUAGCCACCUUCUAUUUCCUGUUUUCCCUUCUGAAACUCACCACCCCCGAACGCUCAUGGCUACGUGCCUCUUUGAUCACUGUUAUUCGAUCGACUCAAUGGAUCAUAAUUCCGGUCUUGCUGAUUUGGUCGCUGAACCGCUUUUCGAUCGAUACAGAUAACACAACUGGAUGGGCGGAACGGACUUUUACCGGGAAGCGAGCGCAGGACACGUCUGUUCAAGAAUGGCUCUUUGGACCUGGUGGAUUGGUGGAGUCGGUAACUAUAGGAAACUGGGAUAAACUGUUACGAUGGUCGACGCCAGUCUUCCAGCUUGUGGAAGGGUUUUGCAGUUUGUUGGUGAUACAGGCUGCAGGGCAGAUCACUCGAUGGCUUGUUAACCGAGGUGGUCGCAGUGAUAGCUGGAUGAUCGGCCUUCUGGUGUUCUCCGGGUCCGCUAUUUCCAGCGCAGUAUACUUUCUCUGGCGCGUUUUGCAGUUCCCUGAGAUCUCUAAUGUAGAUGCUGCCUUGAUUGGGGUAUCCAUCACAUGUGCGGUGAUCUUGUGCGCGUGGGGGAUUGGCAGUGGCCGUGGGAAUCCAGUGGAGAGCUCUCUUCUGUUCGCAUAUAUCGUACUGUGUAUCUAUCAGAUAUUCACAGAUUACCAACCUUGUUACCCUGUUGAGCAGGUUCCCUCUCCCGCGCAAGCUGGGGACUUUCCCCCACUACCGCCGAUCUUCAUGGCCUCCUACACCACUUUGCUGCACGCCUUGUCCCUUUUGCCCUCCAUUAUCCAUGCAGCCUUCAAUGUGAUCUCUGCGGUCUUUGGGGCCGUCACCCCCUCUGUCCUGAUCUCACUCGCAUACCGUAUCUGUGUGCUGUAUGCAUCCACUCGGAUCAUCCCUGCUGUCCGUGAAUCAGGUGCACGGGCUCUCUCGCAGGAAGCCUCUUUGGAUGAUUCCGAUGCCGCUGGCCAGUUCCUGGGUCUCCUCAGCUACUUUUCUCCAUCAAUCCUGAUUGCGGUUUAUACCAGUCUCUUAAUGCAACAUUUCGCCUCCACUUCUCAGGCGAUGGGCGGUAAUGGGGAGUGGUGGAGCAGCCAAAGGGGCGGCGGCGGCAAUCUUUGGCGAUGGAUCAACUUAGCCUGCACUAUGGCUUUGUACGCUGUGGAGCUAUGGCUUGGCGAAAACGAUGAUUUGGAUUCGGGGUUAGCUAGCCAUUGGAAGACCGACUGA